AUGGGGACGAAGAGCAAUCGCGCAAGCCAGCACGGAAGAGAAUGCCCGUCGGCGGGAUCGACCAGAGAAGCGGCCAGGCGCAAGACCCGCGCCGAGAGGAGCUGCAGCCUCGCCCAGGCGUCUCCUCCAACACCCCCCCCAGGUUACUCGCAAAGCGUCUGGUGCUUCUUUCUCGAGGAGCCCCGCGGUCGGUCGACCCGGAGUUGCGGCGCGCAGGCAAGGGCAAAAGCACCAAGGCACCCUCGGGCGUGGUGUCGUGUCGGCCGAAACGGAGACUGA